GUUUUUUUCAUCUGUCAACAAUAUUGUGGUUUACAUCUUCGUAAUUCUUUCAACUAAUAAAUCAUAUCAUAUGAAAACUUUGUAGUGUCAACAUAUCUUGGUUCGAGGAAUGGAUCCAUGGGAAAAUAGAACAAGACUGCAAAUGCUGAAAAGAAAGUUUUUCAUGUUACUCAAAGAAGAUGAGACCAGUGAACUCCAAAAGCUGUUGGAUGAUGCUGAUUUCAUGGAUUAUAUGAUUGAUAAUGACCAGCUUUCUCUUGCCUUUGUCCAAGUUAUUCUGCUCAACAAUCGACCGAUGUUGGACGUCCUUAUCAAACAUGGUGUUGACAUUAACACCUUAGAUUCUAUGUUCAUGGAAAAUGGUAUCAUGCAGGCUGCCCGCUACGGACAUAAAGAAAUGAUGCUGCACCUCAUCAAACUUGGCGUACAUGUCAACCACCAGAGUGAAAACGGUUCAACAGCUUUGCACAUUGCCAUUGAAAAUGUGAAACACAAUUUCCUCGAGUUGCUUGUACAACAACCAGGAAUAGAUCUGAACAUAAAGGACUGUAGUGGCUUCAGUCCUUUAUUGUGGACCGCCAGAUUGCGCGACUGGAGGGCUAUGAAGAUUAUGAUCGAUGCUGGAUGUAACAUAGAAAGUAAGGACUUUACAAAGGGAGUUAACUCCUUGCACAUUGUAGUUGAUAAAAAUCAGGCAUUCUGGAAAGGCAAACUAGCAACUCUUGAGGACAAUAACAAAUGUAUUGAACUGCUCCUCAAAUCUGGUGUUGAUAUAGAUGCUGGGGAUGUGUAUAAGAAUACGCCGCUUCUCUAUGCUAUCAGGUGUAAUAAUCACAAUGCAGUAAAGAAGUUGUUAAAAAUGAACUGCAAGUUUAUUGCUAGUCGUAGAGUUGGAUCGGCAUUUGCAAGUACUCAGUUUUAUUUUAAUCCAGAUUUAGUUGGAUGUGACCUCACAUUGUUUCCUCUUUAUGUGGCCAUGUCAAAACUACAAACAAAAACUGUGAAAAUGCUGUGUUUAGCUGGAAUUAAAUACCACAAGCUUGCCAAUGAAAAACGGAUCUUGGACUUCAUGUCAAGUACUUAUGAACCUCUUGGUGAAAUGUUAACUGACUUGGUUUACCAUCCUAUGUCUCUCAAGCAGGCAUGCAGGUGUGCCAUAAGACAAAGUUUGAGUUACAAUAUUGAGGACUUAAGAAGUGCAGAUCUAGGUUUACCUGCCAUCCUUGUUAGUUAUAUCUGCCUUGAUGAUCUUGAUGAAUUAUAAACCUUUGUAACCAGCCUUCAAUUAGGAUUUUAGCCAGGAUUGAAAAAGGACAGGGCGCUGUAGAAAAGGGACAGGGUGCUAAGGGUAAAAAGGGCCCACUGAAUUGGGCUAUGAAGAACUUGAACAUAAUGAAUUUAGCAGAAAAUGUUGGAAAUUGUGCUUAAUUGAAUUAGUGUUAGGUUUCAACUACCAGAUACCUGUAAAGUAUAAAGACUUUGUGUGUAUACAUGUAUUUACAAUCUAAUUAUAAGUUUUAGACAAAACAAAAAAAAUGUUUCACAGUCUCGAGCAUUUAAAGGGGUUGUACUCCAUAUGAUGAAAUAGCGAAAAUAAAAGAAAUUUGUCGAAAACUGACAUAAAAUUGGUAUUGAUGUGUACAAUGCAUUGAAACUUACUAACUGAAGUACCACAUAGUUUACAAUUCAUUUAUUUUUCGCAGUUUUUUUUUUAACUUUUCCAUUAAAAAAUAUUACUAGGUAUGUCUACCUAGUAGAAUUCAUUCCUUAUGUGUGAUUGGCUAGUCGAUGUUUUCACAUGAUAUUACCAAGUUAGGUAUAUAGCUAAAAUAUUCCACCUGGUAAGAAUAAGCCUUCGUGGCACAGUGAAUACAACACUGGACUGCAUUCUGGUAUUUUUUUUACAAUUAUGAUAUCAAAGAGUAAAACAUUUUAUUAAAUAAUUGUCCUGAGAUUCGUAACAGUGCCAAUCUGGUGUACAGUCUCUUUAAUUCUCUGAAGGCAAAAGGGUUACCAUUCUAGUCUCCAUGAGAGCAGAAGGGUGCUACUGAAUCCUAGAACUCUUCUUCAAUUCUGACACCCAAACUACUGACAAUUUUGUUUUGAAACUAAAUUGGAUUGAAGAAUCUAUGUUUUGUGGAAUUAUAUAUGAGAUAGUUCACUAGUAAGUUUUGUAUAAUUUGUUUGUGAUGUUUUUCCAUAUAUUGUCAUGAAAAUACUUAAUAAUUAAGGAUUAUGGACAACGCAGCAAGUUUUCACUCAUUUCAUUGAAAAGAAAAACUUAAAGAUGCACUCUCACAGAUUAACAAUUAUGACAUUUUUAUGCCCCCUUUUGAAAAAAGUGGGGUAUAUUGUUUUGCACAUGUCGGUCGGUCGGUCGGUCGGUCGGUCGGUCGGUCGGUCUGUCUGUCUGUCGGUCGGUCGGUCGGAAUACCAAAUGGUUUCCGAUCAAUAACUUGAGAACGCUUUGACCGAGGGACCUCAUACUUGGUAUGUGUAUUGGUCAUCACCAGCAGAUGAACCCUAUUGAUUUUGAGGUCAGUGGGUCAAAGGUCAAGGUCAGUGUGACCUUUACAUGAAAAACGGUUUCCGAUCAAUAACUUGAGAACGCUUUGACCCAGGAACCUCAUACUUGGUAGGUGUAUUGGUCAUGACCAGCAGAUGAACCCUAUUGAUUUUGAGGUCAGUGGGUCAAAGGUCAAGGUCAGUGUGACCUUAACAUGAAAAACGGUUUCCGAUCAAUAACUUGAGAACGCUUUGACCCAGGGACCUCAUACUAGGUAGGCUUAUUGGUCAUGACCAGCAGAUGAACCCUAUUGAUUUUGAGGUCAGUGGGUCAAAGGUCAAGGUCAGUGUGACUGUAAGCUGAAAAAAGGUUUUCUGAUUGUCCAUAUUUUAUUUAAGUGUCCAAAUCCUACUAACAAUUUGGCUCCCAAGGGGGCAUAAAUGUUUCACUAACAUCUCUUGUUUUAGUUUAUGUCUCAGAAUCAGCUGAUUUUGGCCUCAAUGCCUUUAAUUCAGUCCUAUUAAAUAACUCACAUUAUAACAACUCUCAAUUGUUUGGGAAAUUGCCAAAAAUUUCAUUUUUCUUAUAAUAAAGUGUUAGCAAUUCUUUUAGCCACAAAAUAUCAAUUUUGGAAUGUAAAUAUGUCAAAACUGUGAUCUGAUAUUUUAUGAGCUGUCUUGUAUCACUGGUUUCCAGAUGUUUACUCAAAAAUUGGCUCAUUCAAAGACAAAAAAAGUUGUCAAAACAGUAAAUUUGUGUGAGUGCAGCUUAGAAUUUAGUCCUAAAUUCUAUCCACCUUUGGUAAUUUUUUUCCAUAUUUUACAUUUUCUAAAUUGUAAAGGUUUUAAAACAGUCUUAAACUUAAAUGCGUACAAUUCAUGCCUUAUUUCUCUAGAUAUUAAUAGAGAAUUUGAUCAGAAAACCUUUUUUUAAUGAGUCUAAAACACAGUCUAUAUUGCCAAACAUGCCAUAUUUCUCAAAGGCUUUCCAAGGGAUUUUGCUCAGGAAACCAGAGGAUUUUUAAGGAGUCUAUCAACACAGUCAAUACUUUUUGCAUGUACUUGCCAUAUUUUUUGAAUGGUUUUCAGGAGAUUUUGCUCAGAAAACCAGAGCAUUUAUGAUUAUCCUCAAUUAUCAAUCACUCAGGUGCAGGCAUUAUGUUGCGUGUUCUGCUUUUAAAAGCAUUUUAUUUAAACAAGCCUUUCUGUUUAACUGAAAAGCACUGUACAUUUGUAUAUUGUAUAUCUUGUACAAAAAAAGCAAUCUAGCUGAAAAUUUUCCCACUCAGAUAGACUGAAAAUACUGGUACAUAAUUAUAUUUUUGCAUUCAGGGGGAAUCAAUCCCCACCCCUGUUAGACCGGGUGAUGGAUCGAUAUUCAGGGUCAUGUAAUGUUGGCAUUCAAAAAUACGUAUCCAUGUUGUAAAUCCAGUUUUUCGAAACAUUAUUUUUAUGUUGAAAUUUAGAGAAAAAGAGUAGUUCUUGGUCAGUAAGUACUCUUAACUCUUAAUUAUUUUUCUUUUCCAAUUGAAAAUGAAUUGAAAUUCUUAAGCAAACUUUCUAUUUUAUCAGAGCCUAAGUCCCAGAAAGAGUCAUUAUACACCUAAACAAAUAAUUUUCUUAGACUUACAAUUAAUAUAAUCGUUUGCCAAAUCCCUAUAAAAUUAUUCAACAUAUUUUUAAACUAAUGCAUCUAAGUUAUAUCAAUAAUUAUUUUGCCAAUGUUUUGCAGAGUUAUUGCAGGUCAGCAAAUUUGAUUUAAAAAAACAUUUUUGAAAUCAAAUUUUCUAGUCCACACUGAUAAACAAAUAAGCCAUGUUCACUGUAAACAAACCACUUCUAGCUACAGCAGCAAAUAUUCAAAAUUAUAUUCAGUUAAAAAAAAAAGAUUUUUUUUUUAAAUUCUUUGCAUAUCUCUAGUCUAUUUGCUCCUUGUAUUAGUUGUGUAUACAUAUUACAUGUUAAAACUGUGCCUUGUCUGUUUUAUAGUUACCAGAAUAAAAUACACUUUGUGUUAUCAAAUACGUAUACACAAAAUUUGUUACAUGACUAACAACAAGUGUUGCAUGUAUCAAAGGCUCUCUUCGAAAUGUUGGUGAACUUUGCAUUAGAUAUUCCUUUUAUGAUUUAGUUGUUACAUACAUGUAUGUACCCUGCAUGUCAUAGCAGAGUUAAAGGGAUAAUGUUGUCGUUGUCUGCUGCAUAAUACUUUCAUGUUUGCUGUCUUACUUGAGCAUUUCUUAUCUGAUAUUGGACCAAAAUGCAUGUUGGCAUAAUAUCAUAACUGUGUUCGAUCAACAGUGAGAUCGCUCCAUGGAGUCCAGAGUAAUUUUUAUACGCCCGAAGGGUCGUAUUAUGUUAUGGCCUCCAUCGUCUGUCUGUCCGUCUGUCCGUCUGUUAGCAAUUCCGUGCCGGGCCAUAACUUGGUAAUUAAUAAAGCGAUUUUCAAAUAACUUUAUACAAAUCAUCACUACAUUAAAAGGAUGUGUCGCGCGCAAUUUCCAGGUCCAUACCUCAAACACUAGAAUCACAAUGGGGGGGGGGACGUUAGCAAUUCCAUGUCCAGGCCAUAACUGGGUUACUACUAAAGCAAUUUUCAAAUAACUUUAUACAAAUCAUCUCUACAUUAAAAGGAUUUGUCAAGCAUGCUUUCCAGGUCCGUACCUCAAAGGCUAAUUUCACUGGGGGGCGUUAGCAAUUCCGUGUCCGGGCCAUAACUUGGUAACUAAUAAAGCGAUUUUCAAAUAACUUUAUACAAAUCAUCACUACAUUAAAAGGAUGUGUCGCGCGCAAUUUCCAGGUCCAUACCUCAAAGACUAGAAUCACCAUGGGGGUGCGUUAGCAAAUCCGUGUCCGGGCCACAACUUGGUCACUAAUAAAGUCAUUUUCAAAUAACUUUAUACAAAGCAUCAUUACAUUAAAAGGAUGUGUCGCGCGCAAUUUCCAGGUCCAUACCUCAAACGCUAGAAUCACCAUGGGGGGACGUUAGCAAUUCCAUGUCCAGGCCAUAACUGGGGCACUACUAAUGCAAUUUUCAAAUAACUUUAUACAAAUCAUCUCUACAUUAAAAGGAUUUGUCAAGCAUGCUUUCCAGGUCCGUACCUCAAAGGCUAAUUUCACUGGGGGGCGUUAGGAAUUCCGUGUCCAGGCCACAACUUUGUGUUACUACUAAUAAAGGAUUUUUUAGAAAACGUGUCCUAGCCACAACUUUGUAACCAAUAAAGCAAUUUUUAGAUAACUUUAUACAAAUUAUUGCUACAUUAAAAGGAUGUGUUGUGAGCACUUUCCAAGUCCUGCUACUUUUAAGCUUAGUAAGCAGUAUACUAGCAUAACCUAAAUGUUUAUUAAAGACCUCAAGCCGAAUCUUCUUCGGGCGUAUAAUGCUCCGUUUCGCGGUGCUCUUGUUCUUGAUUGGUCAGAAUGAGAUACCAAAACUAUUUUGUUCCCCUCUUACUUAAAUAUUUCUUUUUUCAGUUUUUACCAUACUUGGUCACAAUGUUUCUGGUCAUAAAACCUCGAGUUAGAUCAACAGCCAGAUCAAUUUUUACCCAGAGGUUAUUAGCAUUUAAUUUGUCAAUUUUUGACCAAAUUCUCCCUGUCCACUCUAUCUGAUUUUUUAAAUAUUUUAUCCGAUAUGUUCCAGACUUUGUUAACACUGUUUAUUGGCAUAAAAUAUUUACACAUUUCUAUCAACAGCCUUACAGUGUUUUUCGCUGUGGAGUUGUGGCCCUUGUCAAUUUUCAAAAUGUGACCAAAUCUAGUUUGACAGGUCUUUAGUUUGAGUAUUUUUGUCAUCAAAUCUUUACAACACUAAGUUACAAUAUCGAAAUAUGUCUAAUAAUAUUAUUAUGCAUUUACUUAAAGUGGAGAGGCAUUGAAUUUAUAUACAAUUAUUUUGCAUUCUUUUUUGGCACAUAAAAUAUUUCUUGUUAGUUUGGUUUGACUAUGAUGGGCACCUGACAGGCGACAAACAAUUUUGCAAAUUUUUAUUUAAUUACUGAUUUCUUAUACCUUAAGAAGAUAUUAUUGUUGUUUUAGAGUUUAUUUGUUUCCUGAUAUACAGUUGUCUGUUGUUGAAUUUACGAUAUUAGAAUUUGUGAUAUUAAGUGUGAUAUUUAACUAUAUCUUUUUUUAAAUAUAUGUAAGUCAAGUAUGGAUUUUAUACCUUUGUUUGUAUAAAAUGAUUUUUUAAAAAUAAAUUCU